UGCCACGGCCAACCCUUCCCCCUCCCCGUCUUCUGAUCGGAACGAUCUGCCUUUUCGAGAGCACUCGGGUAUUUCCGUCCCCACCUUAGCACCAAUCAUCAGUUUCCAUUCUCUCCAUAGGCUCCGCCCCCCGCCCUCUUCUCAGAGCUCGGACAUCUCCGUCCUACGAGUUUAGGAUUAGAUUCUAUUUGUAAACCUUCUCCCCUGGCAGAACCAGUUUCGGAGACUCUCGGCUUUCUCUGGCCCUACGGCUCUGGAGAUAGGGUCCGGCUUACAGGUGCCGAGGCACCCGGGGCGGGGUUCGGGGCCUUGUACGAGGUCCGGAAGUGCGUGGGUUGCCCAGUAAGGUUUGCUGGGAAUUUGGAGGUGGCAGAAGUAGCCGGAGCCCUCGGACUCCCGUGACUUCCUUCUGGGGUCUCCCGGGGUGAGAAUAAGGAGUUUUUGGCAAAGAACACAAGACAACUUUCUUGGUAGUCUCUUGCAUAACCUUGGGAUGUCACUGCAGUCAGAUGCCUCUUGGAUAUCACCAUCCUCCUCUACUUUAGCCACUACUCCAGACAAUUAUUCCUACCUCUCAAUGUCUUACUUCACUUCACAGGAGAUGAAGUGUGUUCUACAUUGGUUUGCCAACUGGUCAGAUCCCCAGCGUGAGCGUUUCCUGCAGGACUUGGUAGCCAAGGCAGUGCCAGGCAAAUUACAGCCCCUUUUAGAGGGACUGGAACAGCUUAAUGUGUCUGGAGCAGACCGACCACCACACAUCUUUGAUUGCCAGCUUAGACUCUGGGAUCAGUGGUUCCGAAGUUGGGCUGAGGAGGAGCGAAAUGAGUUUGUCAGACAACUGGAAGCCAGUGAUCCCGACUUUGUAGCAAAAUUCUAUCAAGAAGUUGCUGCUACAGCUGGUAAGGACUGAUAGGAGUCAGCAUCACAAAAGACAAUAUGACUGAUAGAGUUGGGUUGAUAGCUUUGAUGUGGGGGUGCCCAGAUGACAAGGAAAUGUCUGGUGAAUGACACCCAGGUCUGUUUUCAGAGUUAUUGUUGUUAGACUCCUACCCAACUCCAGGUUUUAAAAACAAAGCUAAUCCAAAUCAUUGGCUAUUAUUCUGCUACUUCCUAAAAUUAGUACUAAAAUUCCCAA